GACGCAAGAGAUGCGCAAGGCAGAGGCUGAAGGUGAGAAAAGGGGGCAAGAAGGAAAGGGUUUUACUGUCAAGAGUCAGCUACUUUUUAGGCGAUGCCAGUUUACAGUUCUGAGAUUUCAAAAAGGGGGACGUUCUUAGGUCAGUCAAUACAGCACCAGUGACUAUCAAAUUCAAAGAGGGGACAGUUAUGACGUCUUCGAACCACGAACAGUUUAUAUACCGCUUGCCUCAAGUCUCCUCUCUAGUCUUCUCCGACUUCUCGACAUUUAUUACACUCGCACUCAACGCUUAUCCACCGCUAAACUCACCAUGUCUUCACCUUUUACCAUCGAUUUUUCUGGACGAUGCAUCAUUGUCACUGGGGGAAACCGCGGCAUUGGGCUCGGGUACAGUGAAGCUCUCGCUAAGACUGGUGCCCGAGUGGCAAUUAUCUACAGGAGUCACAAGGAUGCCCCUAAGGUCGCUGAAGAUCUGAAAAAGAAAUAUGGCGUCGAAGUCAGGGCUUACAAGUGCGACGUCACCAAUGCUAAGCAAACCGUUGAGAUGUUUGAGUACAUCAACAAAGAGCUCGGCCCCGUCACAGGUCUUGUUGCAAAUGCUGGCGUUUCCGUCGUGAAGCCUUCUCUCGAUCUGACCACGGAAGAUUUCAACUACGUGUUCAAUGUUAAUGUCCUCGGCGUGUUCAACAGUGCCGUGGCUGCUGCAAAGCUUUGGAAAGGCAAAAACUUGAAGAACCUUUCGAUCGUGAUCACGUCCUCCAUGAGCUCGCAGAUCAUUAACCAAGCUGCGACAAACGAACCCUUGACGCAGGUGUUCUACAACUCUUCCAAGGCCGCCGUCUCCAACCUUACAAAGGGGCUGGCUGCCGAGUGGGCUGGACAGAACAUCAGAGUGAACGCAGUUUCUCCCGGCUAUGUGAAAACGGAUCAGACCGACACUUUGCCUCGCGACGUGAUCGAAUAUGAAAGGAACCACAUUCCCUUGCAAAAAUUCGCUCGUCCCGAACAGAUCACAGGACAGGGUCUCUUGCUCUUGUCUGAGCAUGGGGAUUACAUGACUGGCGGGGAGUAUUUCGUUGACGGCGGCCAGCUUAUCUGGUAAAUUCGCUUGCUAUCGCAAAGCAGUUGUGAUCGACGACGUGGUUGGAUGAUUUUGUAACAGAUAGAUGUAACAUUUGUAAAAUAACUUCAGACAAAGCCAUGCUGCUGUAAAGAUAUUACGGAAUCAGGAAGGACCGUGACAAGAUUGACCAAGUUCGCUCUGAAGUAAAUGCUGCCGAGAUUCAUCUUAUCAUCUAGGAAGCGAG